CGAAACUUCAAGUGUUCGAGACUCGCCGCCGGACAUCUUUCUUUUCGUAAUUACACAGAGAAACGUGUAGAGCAAUCAAAAUGCAGAUCUUUGUACGCGGUUUCGAUGAAGUUGAAUCCUUGGAAGUCCAGGGGGAUGCUACCAUUAAGGAUAUUAAGAAUGAAAUCUCCAUCCGCAAGGGAUUCGAGUGCGAAGACAUCGUGCUAAACAAUGCUGGUAUUGUGUUAGCCGACGACGCCACCGUGAGCAGCUUGUCCAGCUUCGAAUUGGACGUGACCGUUCCAUUGUUGGGUGGUAAAGUGCACGGUUCCCUGGCUCGUGCCGGCAAAGUGAAGGGACAAACACCCAAAGUAGAGAAGCAGGAGAAGAAAAAGAAGAAGACCGGACGUGCCAAGCGACGAAUCCAAUACAACCGACGAUUUGUUAAUGUUGUCCAAGCCUUCGGUCGUCGUCGUGGUCCAAAUGCUAAUUCCGCUUAAAAUGUGAAUAAUUUGCAAAAUAAAAUAAAAAAAAACUUUUUUUCCAUAAAAACAAAA